GAGAUGUACAGUAAUAGCUUAGACGAUAAUGAAGAAUAUGAAGAAACUAAUUCAUUAUUUGAUAUACCUCUUCAAAACCCAAAAAAACGUAAGGCGAAAGGACGACCAAAAAGUUCUAAACGAAUCAA